AUGCACUCUAGCACUGGCCUGGGUGGAGUGCUGCAAUGGCACAGAAACACCUGCUAUGCCAACCUUCGCAGGAAGAAUGGCCAAGAGGAGCCGUAUAAUACCUGGGGUCCUUGGCAAGAUGAGCAGAUGACCAAAGAAGAAUACGCUCACAAGGCAUACCAUUGGCGAAAGUUCUUGUCCUGUGCGGACAAGAUGGCACCGCUUCUUGGGAUUACUAUACCCUCAAGCAGUGUCUACUCCCUGCCCAUUUGCACCUAUCCACCAGUGCCGUUCCACUUAUCGACAUGCACAGUAUCCACUUAUAUACAUCCUCCUCCUCUCAACUUCCCAAUGCCACCUCCCCCCUGGCAGCAGAAUGCGCUGUUGAAAUUACAUCCUCCCUCAUCGACCUCGCAAGAAUCGAAAACGGGGUUCCUCCAGAUCAGCUCCGUCCCACCAUCUCAGAGUCUACCUUACCGUCUUUGUCCGCAAGAGCAAAGACGUCGGGAUGGCUUGCAUCGCUCAAAACGUCAACGUGAUCUCACCUCUCAUGACCACGAAAGACGGCAUCACAAAGCAGGCCACCUGGUGUCCUCUGUACCUGUUCUCUCGGUAUAUGCGGGGUUGGACCAUCAGUGUGCAUAUCUCCUGGUGUAUAUCUCCUAUGGUGUCUAUGAAGGGGAUACUUUUCCGAAAUGGAUUCGUGGUGUCAAGGAUACCCCGUGGCUAGAUGUUAGUGCCACACUGGUUGAUGAUGGGGACGUGAACGUGGCUGUUGUUAAUAUCCACGAGAAGAAGGGGAUGGAAACCAAGGUUGACGGGCCCUCGGGAGAAGUUUCCGUAUUCACCGUCACUGGUGACAGUGUCACAAGCAAGCAAUAUGAACUGGAGGCAAGAAGUUGGUGUUACGGAGAGUACUUGGGUUGGAAAUGGUUCAUUCAUGUUCACUAA